GUGUUGGAAACAGUAUCAUUCCCAGUGACCUACCCAGUCUGUCCACAGCCGUGUGGCUGAGUGCUGCAGAAAAGCGCAAAGUGUCCACCAUAGCCAGACUCCUGAAUCAGCUGCCGACCGAGUCGUCUGCUGUGAUCACCUCCGCAGACACUCUGCUGAGCGAGCUGUUCAGCCACAGAGGGUCUGGGACUCUCUUUAAAAACGGAGACCCCAUAGGUAGGUACACCUCUCUGGACGGGAUCGAUCAAGAGCGGCUGUUGGCUCUCAUCAACAUGUCGUUUGAUAAAACUUUGAGGGAAGACUACAUUGACUCUCUGAAAGGAAGACUCUACUCCAUCUAUCUUUCUGAAGGGUACAGCGCGGCAGCCAUCAUCACCAUGGAGCCGGUGAACAGAGGCACUCCCUAUCUGGAUAAAUUUGUUGUGAGCAGUAGUAAGCAGGGUCAGGGCACCAGCCAAAUCCUGUGGGAAUGUAUCAGACAGGACCUGGGCAAACUGUUCUGGAGGUCCAGAGCCACCAACAAGAUAAAUCCCUGGUAUUUCAAACACUGUGAUGGCAGCUUCGUUAAUGGAGUGUGGACUGUCUUCUGGUUUGGUCUGACAGACAUCAGAGAUUCCUAUGAGCUGGUGGAGUACGCCAAGGCUGUCCCUGACUCUUUCUAUGCCUCUUCACUGACGCCCUCUCUGCAGCCCCCUGUUCCUACCUCAGCAUCCUAACCUUACUCCUGCUGGAACAUUUUUUUUCCUUUUCGAGAUUUUCUUUUUAUUCAAGUUUUACACCUUCAAACUUGAAAUCUGCAGAGAGCAAGUCAUAAAUGCAGCAUUUUGAUGAGCUGUAUGCCACCCUGUGUAAGGAUGGGGAUAGCUCUCAGGGCCUGAUUCACUACGUUGGGAUAUAGCUAAUGGCCCCAAAAAAUUGUUCAUCGUUUGCUCCCGCUAUCUGUGCCUCAAGGUUUAAUUCAAAAAGCAUCUAACACUAAAGAUAUCCAGGCACAAAAAUGCCAAUAAAGUUGUCUUGCUCCGUAUAGUUUGCUCUUGCUUUGGGUCUGAAUGUAGAGAGAACCUUUCUGACCCUUUUACUCUGUGUGGACCUGCACUCUCGUGCUGAUGGAGCACAAUUAUAUGUCAACAUAAAGCUUCCUCCCUAAUGGAUCAAGAGGGGACAACUGAAAGAGUAAAACAACACUCAGUGCAGUUUGGAGAGCAUUUAAACCUUUGGUCGUGUUUUGUGAACUAGAUGUUGUCUUUUUGUGUCAUGUGCACAGAUUUAGUGGGCGCAAAAGCUGCACAAUCCGUUUGUGAAUCAGGCCCCCAGUCUUCAAGCUGGGGGUGUUAGGGGCGUGUCAACUUUCUAAAGGAACUAAUGACAUAUUAAACAUACUGACUGAUACUGUGAGAAAUACAAAACUGGUGCCUUUCACACCUAGAGAGCUCUCCAGGGGGAGAAAUCUCAAAGCUAAAGCGCUACAUGAUAUGGUCUACCUCCAGGUUUUUAAGAGAUCCCUUAUUCUGAAGACCAAAAUAUUGUGGACAAAACGAUGGAACUCCAACAGUUUUACACAAAUUGCACAAUCUACUUGAAAUGUGGAGUUCAACUCUGUAGGGAACAUUUUUUUUUUUUUUUUCUUCUAAACUUUAUUUCACAAAGAAAUUAAUCCCAUUAGGCUCAAAAUUUAAAUUCAAUUACCCCUAAUGAUGUCAACCGUGUCAUGCGGGUUGUAUAUGACUGGACUCAAAUUCAAACACAUAGCCUGUUACAAACUCUGGGGUUUGGAGUUGGUAAGCUGUGAGCGUUUACCAGCCAGUCAGGGAGCAAAGCAAGACACUUUCAGGUUGCAUUGUGGGAAAUUUAGGAUUAAGCAAUUAAUGUCAGAAUAGUAGGGCUUCAUCUUGAUUCUGGCCAUGCAUUUCUUUAACAAUCUCUUGCAAGUUGUUUGAGUAGAUGAAGAACACCUUGAACCUGGAGUGAUCCUGUCAAAUUAUUAUUCAUGUUUAUUAAUUAAAAAUGCUGCUCAGAAUACAAAGUUCUCUUUACCCUGGUUCUCAUGCACUUCUUAAAUAAGCUAUCAUAAGCUGAGUGUCUGUAACAAUACACUGUCAAUAAACCUAGUCAAACCAGA